UAUUUUAAUUUGUGUCUGGGAGAAUGUCUGAGCAAAGUGACCUGAAUCAGGCGAUAGUGGAGGAAGGCGGGACUGAACAGGAGGUGGCCACGCCAGAGAACGGCGUAGUAAAAUCGGAGAGCCUGGAUGAAGAGGAGAAGCAGGAACUGCAGAGGCGGCUGGCAAUUCAGAACCAAGAGAGGAGAAAAUCUAAGUCAGGAGCCGGGAAAGGUAAGCUGACCCGCAGUCUUGCUGUCUGUGAGGAGUCCUCAGCCAGACCAGGAGGAGAAAGCCUUCAGGAUCAGGAAUCAGUUCACUUACAGCUUUCCAGUUUUCCCUGCCUGCAAGAGGAUGGUAGAUCUAGAAAAGAUGACUCUGAAAGAGAAAAAGAGAAGGAUAAAAACAAAGAUAAAACUUCUGAGAAAUCCAAGAUCAGAAUGUUAUCAAAAGAUUGCAGCCAAGAUUACACAGAUUCUACAGGCAUAGAUUUACACGAGUUCCUGAUUAACACAUUAAAGAAUAACUCCAGGGACAGGAUGAUACUCUUGAAAAUGGAACAGGAAAUUAUUGAUUUCAUUGCUGACAACAAUAAUCAUUACAAAAAGUUCCCUCAGAUGUCGUCAUAUCAGAGGAUGCUUGUCCAUCGGGUGGCAGCUUACUUUGGGCUGGAUCACAACGUGGAUCAAACGGGGAAAUCCGUUAUCAUCAACAAGACCAGCAGCACCAGAAUACCAGAGCAAAGGUUUUCUGAACAUUUAAAAGAUGAAAAAGGUGAAGAAUCCCAGAAGCGGUUUAUCUUGAAGCGAGAUAACUCUAGUAUUGAUAAAGAAGACAAUCAGCAGAACAGAAUGCAUCCAUUUAGAGAUGACAGACGAAGUAAAUCAAUUGAAGAGAGAGAAGAGGAAUAUCAGAGAGUGAGGGAGAGAAUAUUUGCACACGAUUCAGUUUGCUCCCAGGAAAGCCUUUUUGUGGAAAACAGUAGGUUCUUGGAAGACAGUAACAUAUGCAAUGAGACCUAUAAGAAAAGACAGCUCUUUCGGAGCAACAGAGAUGGAUCAGGGAGGACAUCCGGGAGCCGACAGAGCAGCUCGGAGAACGAACUCAAGUGGUCCGACCACCAAAGGGCCUGGAGCAGCACAGACUCCGACAGCUCCAGCCGCAAUCUGAAGCCGGCCAUGACCAAGACAGCGAGUUUCGGUGGCAUCACAGUGCUGACCAGAGGUGACAGCACAUCCAGUACCAGGAGUACCGGGAAACUGUCCAAAGCAGGUAGUUCCGAGUCGUCCAGCAGCACAGGCUCCUCGGGAUCGCUGUCCCGCACCCAUCCACCUCUCCAGAGUGCACCCCUGGUCUCGAGCGUGGCAGCCGGUUCUUCGGGCUGUGUGCCCUAUCCUGAGAAUGGAAUGGGGGGCCAGGUCGCGCCCAGCAGCACCAGCUACAUCCUCCUUCCACUCGAAGCUGCAACAGGCAUCCCCCCCGGAAGCAUCCUUCUUAACCCACACACAGGCCAGCCCUUUGUGAAUCCUGAUGGAACUCCUGCAAUAUACAACCCCCCCACUAGUCAGCAGCCCCUGCGGAGCACGAUGGGGGGGCAGUCCCAGCAGCAGCCACAACAACAGCCCUCUCCUCAGCCUCAGCAGCAGGUCCAGCCACCACAGCCGCAGCUGGCAGGCCCACUAGUCACUCAGUCUGUCCAGGGGCUGCAGGCUUCCUCACAGUCAAUGCAAUUUCCAGCAGUCUCUUUUCCUCCCCAGCAUCUCCUGCCUGUGUCUCCAACGCAGCACUUUCCCGUGAGAGAAGAUGUAGUGACACAGUUCAGCCAGAUAAGCCUGAGUCGGCAAUCCUCAGGGGAGACCCCUGAGCCCCCAUCGGGCCCUGUCUACCCAUCAUCCCUCAUGCCACAACCAACCCAACAGCCAAGCUACGUCAUCGCCUCCACAGGCCAGCAGCUUCCUCCAGGGGGCUUCUCAGGCUCUGGACCACCCAUCUCCCAACAAAUCCUCCAGCCCCCUCCCCCACCACAGGGAUUUGUGCAACAGCCUGCACCUGCACAGAUGCCGGUGUAUUACUACACGUCUGGUCAGUACCCUACCUCAACCACGCAGCAGUACCGGCCCAUGGCCUCGGUUCAGUACAACACCCAGAGGGCUCAGCAGAUGCCUCAGGCGGCACAGCAAGCAGGCUACCAGCCAGUCUUGUCUGGCCAACAGGGGUUCCAAGGCCUGAUGGGAGUGCAGCAGGUACCUCAGAGUCAGAACUUGAUGAGCAACCAACCAGGAACUCCGGUGCAAAGCGUGAUGGUCUCCUACCCAACAAUGUCUUCUUAUCAGGUGCCAAUGACCCAGGGUUCUCAAGGACUACCCCAGCAGUCAUACCAACAGCCAAUAAUGCUACCUAACCAGGCAGGUCAAGGGUCACUCCCAGCCACUGGAAUGCCUGUUUACUGUAACAUCACACCACCGAGCCCUCAGAACAACCUGCGGUUGAUCGGCCCACACUGCCCCUCCAGCACUGUCCCCGUGAUGUCAGCUAGCUGCAGGACAAACUGUGCCAGUAUGAGCAAUGCCGGAUGGCAGGUCAAAUUCUGA